AUGGCGGAGGAAGCGAAGCAGGAUGUGGCGCCACCCGCGCCGGAGCCGACCGAGGACGUCGCGGACGAGAAGGCGGCGGUUCCGUCGCCGGAGGAAUCCAAGGCCCUGGUUGUCGCCGAGAAUGACGCCGAGAAGCCUGCAGCUACAGGGGGCUCACACGAACGAGAUGCUCUGCUCACGAGGGUUGCGACCGAGAAGAGGAUUUCGCUGAUCAAGGCAUGGGAGGAGAAUGAGAAGGCCAAAGCCGAGAACAAGGCCGUGAAGUUGCUGGCGGACAUCACCUCGUGGGAGAACUCCAAGGCCGCGGAACUGGAAGCCGAGCUCAAGAAGAUGCAAGAGCAGCUGGAGAAGAAGAAGGCGCGCUGCGUGGAGAAGCUCAAGAACAGCGCCGCGACGGUGCACAAAGAGGCGGAGGAGAAGCGUGCCGCGGCGGAGGCACGGCGCGGCGAGGAGAUCGUCGCGGCGGAGGAGACCGCCGCCAAGUACCGCGCCAAGGGUGAGGCGCCGAAGAAGCUGCUCUUCGGCAGAGGAUAG